UCUUUCACCAUCUGCGAGUUUCCAGUGUUGUCUUUAACUAGCUGAACUUAUAAGCUGCUCUCAUCUAGUUUCAUGGAGCCUGAUCUCUACUCUCAUCUCAUCUUCUACUUCUUCUGUGUUCUCCUUGUCAUCCUCAAAAGGUUGCUGUUUCAUAUUAAUACCGCUAACAAGUUACCUCCAAGCCCGCCUGCUCUUCCAUUAAUUGGCCACCUUUACCUCAUCAAGAACGUGCUGCACCGGUCUCUAACUGAACUAUCACAUCGAUAUGGUCCAGUUUUCUUCCUCCGUUUUGGCUGCCGAUCUUUCGUGGUAGUAUCUUCUCCAUCUGCCAUUGAAGAAUGCUUCACAGAGAAUGACAUUGUAUUAGCAAAUCGUCCUCACUCUGUCGCUGCGGACCAUUUCAGCUAUGACUACACAGCAUUCGUCUGGGCUCCCUAUGGCCAUGUCUGGAGGGCUAUUCGCCGCCUCACUAAUAGUGAAGUGUUCUCAUUCAACAGCCUUCAGAAGUCAUCCGUCAUUCGGGAAGGCGAAAUUCGGAUCAUUCUCCAAUCGUUUUACAGAAUUUGUAAGAGAGGGAGUCGAAGUAUCGAUUUGAAUCAUUGGGUUUCCGUUUAUACGCUUAAUAUCGCGAUGAGGAUUGUGGCAGGGAAAUGCACAGUUGGUAGGGAGGAUGCCGGGAAUGAGUUGGGGAAGAAAAAGCGUAAAGAAAUCAGGGACAUAUUUACCACGAGUAUUACAAUGAAUUCAUGCGACUUUUUUCCAGUAUUGAGGUGGAUUGGUUACAAAGGGCUCGAAAGGAGUAUGAUCUCUUUGCAGAACAAGAGGGAUAAAUUCUUGCAGGGCCUAGUAGAUGAAAUUCGACGGGAUAAAUUGGACAAGGAGAAGAAGAAUGCCACCUUGAUUGGGAGUCUUCUAUCCCAUCAAGACCAAGAACCUGACUUUUACUCGGAUCAACUUAUCAGAAGCAUUCUAAUGAUUAUGUUUGUGGCAGGAACUGAAACAUCUAUCGUGACAACUGAAUGGGCUAUGUCGCUUUUAUUGAGUCAUCCAGAGGCAAUGAAUAAACUGAGAAGGGAAAUUGACAACAAUAUAGGACAUAGGAGAUUGCUGGAUGAAUCUGAUCUUCCAAAGCUUCCGUAUCUGCGCUGCAUUGUGAACGAGACAAUGAGACUGUAUCCUCCAGCACCUCUUUUGCUACCUCAUUGUCCAUCGGAAGAUUUCACCGUUGGGGGAUAUGAUAUCCCAAAAGGUUCAACGCUUAUAGUUAAUGCUUGGGCCAUGCAACGGGAUCCCGAAGUCUGGGAGGAGCCAGAAAUGUUCAAGCCAGAGAGAUUUCAGGCAAUGGAAAUGGAGAAAGAAAGGUUCAACUUUGUACCAUUUGGGGUGGGAAGGAGAGCUUGUCCUGGAGCCAACAUGGGCAUUAGAAAUAUUUCAUUGGCAGUGGGAUCAUUCAUUCAGUGCUUUGAUUGGAGAAAGAUUGAAGAAGAUGAAAUCAACACAAGCUAUACCACCAGAAUUACAUUGUCCAUGGCUAAGCCUUUGGAGGUCAUGUGCAUUCCACGACAAGAAUCAAUCCAACUCCUCUCCCAGUUAUGAGAGAUUUACCCAA